AAUCGUGAAGUAUUUACAGUGGGGAGAGUUGUAGUUUUGUAGAGAGAGAGAGAGAGAGGGAGAGAGAGGGAAUGGAGGAUGAAGAAGUUGGGAAGCUAAGCAUUUACAGAGCGGCGAGAAGCAUUAAGAAAAGAGAGAACAGUUUGUACAACGCAUUGAGAUCGAUCUAUGAAGACUCAAUCUUUGUGGGUGAGAUCUCUCAGCUAUGGCCUCAGCUCCCUCUUGUUGCCAACCUUCGUUGCGGUCUCUGGUAUUCCCCCAAAUUCCAUUCAACUUGUUACUUCAAAUCCACCGAUGGCCACACCAACAACUGUUCUUUCAACACUUCUCGCCUUAACCUCCACCUAGCCCUCCUUGCUGGACAGAAGGGAGGGUCUGUUAUUGUUGAUUCCACUCGAAGAGGAAAACGCUUUCCUGAUAGCAUGUCCAAAACUAUACCCAUUUGGACCUGUGUUUUGAAUCGUGCCAUUACCCUUUUCAGAAAAAGGGACCUUCAUGUUGAUAAUGAUGCAUCAUCCAAUGAAAAUGAAAUGGUUCAGGAUUCUAAUGUUACAAGAGAUGUCUCUUUUGAUUGGGAUUGUUCCUUGCAUCUCCCCCUGUGGGUUUCCCAAACAGAAAAAGCUUCCAUUGAGGAGCGAUUGCAAGAAUGGACUGAACGAUUAAUAGCAAGUGGAGCUGAUAUUGCUUCCCUUGCUGCAUGCCUUAAGAAACCCUUACGCCCUCUCUGGAUUUCGCAGAAAACUGUCAUCUGGUUGAAUGAAGUACCUCACCAUGAUUCUUGGGAUUUCACACCCAUUAUACUUGUGUCUGCAUCUUCAUCCAUUGGAGUAAGCCAACAUAGGACUACUUCUGAGUUUAGUUGGAAUUACAUACCGGGUGCCGGAGAUGAUGAAGAAAGCUGGGCUAGGGGUUUAUCUCCCGGUCUCUUCUGGAAUCAUGUUUAUGAUAUUAUAAACUCUGGUCCUGAUGUAUGUAACCAGAAGGUCGCAGAUAUGGUUGAAAAGAGUAGAGUAUACCAUGCAUAUAGAGGAGAAAGUGCACCACAGAUCACGGUUAAACCCCUCAAGUCAGUCUGCCUUUCACAUGAAGAACCAUCAGAAACUUCUGAUAUUUCAAACGUCAAAAUCGACAACGAGUAUUCCGAAGAUUUUGCGAUGUCUUGGCUGGGAUCAACUAAUUUGGCAGUUGGCACAUCUCAAAUUGCUGCAGAUACGGCUGAUGUUGAUUGCAUAUUGGAUUGUGGUCAUGAGUCCAUAUCUGUCUGUCUUCCCGGUGCUGAAGCAUAUUUUCAUCUUCCAAUAGUGACUUCAAAGUUUGAUCGAUUUUCCUUACUAAACAAUCUUCCUAAAGCGGUGGGCUUCGCAAAGUUCAAUCUUGGCCAAGGAAAAAGACUUCUAGUUUGUUGUAAUAAUGGGGAAGAUAUUAGUGUGUGUGUUUGUUUAGCGAUUUUGAUGUCACUAUUUGAUGAAAAAGGUACUUUUGAUGAUGGGAAAUCCUUCAACGAGACACAUGUCACUAAAUGGGAUAUGAGGCGACGGCUUGUAUAUGUCUGUAAGUUUGCAACAAAUGCGCGACCAUCCAGAGGAAAUUUGAGGCAAGUUUUUAACUUUCUUGGUGGUGGAAAAUGCGUUCAACAACGACUGAACACUGGAAGAGACGAGUAAUUGCAUAGGCACAUGAAUAUCAUUCCUUAAACGUUCCAAACUUAUCACCCUUGAUUUUGCUUUGGGCGGAUUUGAAAUCAUUCCAAACCCAGUUGUACAAAAUUGUUGUAUGACUAAGUUUAUACGACACUUCUGACAUCUCACUAACCUGUGCAUGCCUUCUUUGGCUCUUGUCUGAAUGCACAGCCUGAGACGUCUAUACUUUUCAAUACCUUUUAUCAAGAGACAACAACAGACAGCCCUUGUGCCUGAAUAUGGGCUUUUGCUAAGCAAGGUGACAGUUAAAACAAACCAUAAACUCGUAUUCCAAGCAUGUAUCCUAUUAAUUUGUAAGAUGCUUUGAAUUUAAAAAUGCAAAUAGCAUAGAGUACAAUUUAUGUUUCGACUUUUAAGUGUAUGAAACUUUAUUAAAUCAUAUUUAA